UUCAUUCCCCACACGCAAAAUAUUUCCACCUGAAAAUCAAGUUUCUCUCUCUAACUUCAAUUAAAGCUGUUAAAUUCCCUCUAUUUUUCUUCCCAUUUCAGCUCGAUUGCGUCUUAGGGUUUCCAAUUCAGGUCAGUGAACUGUUAUUAAGCUGGAUUUGAUCCGCCAUAACUUUCUCAUCGCAUCGCAGACUCUCAAUCCCACGUUCUUCUGGAUGCGAUUUGGACGGCAUAAAUGGCUUCGAUUCGGAGAACUCUUUCGCCGUACAACGACCGAUCGCACCAGAACGGUCACAAUACUGCAUUCUCGCCGCAAUCUCCGUCGCAGAAGCUGUUUUCCCAAGGCAGGACGACUCUCUCUCCUAUUCGUAGAUUUGUUGCCGGAGUCUUCUUCCGGAAGCACCAGCCUCGGAAGAGUUUUCAGUUUUCCUGGAGAAAACCGUUUUUCUGCUGCUUCAUGUGCUUCUUCUUAGGGUUUUUGCUCGGCAUGGCGCCCUUCAAUAGCGAGUUUAAUGAAUUGAGGGGUGAUUUCAGCAAGAGCGAUUUCUCGUUGGAAAUGAAGCCGGAGGUGGUGAGUGUUCAUUGGAGCGCAGACGAUUUAGCUUCUGUUGAGAAGCCGAAGGAGAAUGAUUUGUUGAUCGGUGCUGUGGAAUUAGGUGUGGUUGAGAGGGGUGAUAAAACUGAUAUGACGAAGGUUUUGGAUUUUGUGCCAGGGAAACAGUUGAUUGUGGUCACUCCAACUUAUAGUAGGGCGAUUCAGGCGUACUAUUUGACUAGGUUAGGACAGGUCUUGAGAUUGGUCAAACCGCCAGUGUUGUGGAUUGUGGUGGAGCUAAACGAGGCAUCAAAGGAGACUGCCGAGAUUUUGAGAAAUUUGGGAAUUAUGUAUAGGCAUUUGGUUUGUGUGAAAAAUACUACAGAUGUAAAGGAUAGGGGUGUGCACCAGCGGAAUACUGCACUUGAACAUAUAGAGAGGCAUAAGCUCGACGGGAUGGUGUAUUUUGCUGAUGAUGAUAACAUCUACUCACUUGAGCUAUUUGAGAGCAUGAGAGAAAUCAGUCGAUUUGGCACUUGGCCUGUUGGCAUGCUGGCUCAAAGCAAAAAUAAAGCAAUAUUGGAAGGCCCUGUAUGCAAUGGAAGUCAAGUAAUAGGAUGGCACACAAAUGAGAAGAGCAAAAGACUCCGCAGAUUCCAUGUGGAUAUGUCAGGGUUUGCCUUCAAUAGCAGCAUAUUGUGGGAUCCCAAGAGAUGGCAUCGACCAAAUUCACAUCCUAUCAGGCAGUUAGACACUGUAAAGGAGGGUUUCCAAGAAACAACUUUCAUAGAACAGAUUGUAGAAGAUGAAAGUCAGAUGGAAGGUAUUCCUCUAGGUUGUAACAAGAUAAUGAAUUGGCACCUCCAUCUAGAAGCACGUGGACUUGCAUAUCCUAAGGGCUGGGUGCUACCAAAGAAUCUUGAUGUAGUUAUUCCUUCCAAGUGAUAUAAUUUGACCUGAUGGGAUUACACGUCUCUUCUUUGGUCUGUGAGUGCAUCGUCAUCUGUUGGAGGUGAUUGUUGACUUGAAGCCAAAACCAAAUCAGCACGUCCCGCUUUUGAGCAGGAGACUUGUAGAGGGAACAGCAGCAGCCCCUACUUUCAUUUAUAAUUUUUUCAUUUCUUUGAGAAUUGUUUGCUGAAACAACACUCAGUUUUGUGGUAUAGUUUGUAUACGUGUUAAGAGGGCCCGUCGGGGGGAGGAUGCUGCGUCCAUCCUGUGUUGUGGGUUUGUAUGAAAUUUGAGUUGAUGAUUGCAGUAAUAUAGGAAUUGCCUCACAUGAGGUGACACAGUUUCUUUGUCUAUAUUGUAGCCCUUUUUAUGGUGUUAUAAUGCUAGUCAUCACAAGUCAUUAUAGAGGAA